AUGAGCUUAAAUACAGUGAUCACACUUGCCCUUUUGUUAAAAAAGAUGACUCAAAAGACGGCUACCAAAAAGAGCUUUCGAACAAAAAAAUCCAAUUGCCCUGAUACGCAGUCAUCAUCUUCUUGUUCAUUACCAAGUAGUCCUAUCAGCAAUCACCAUACAACUAGUAAUAGUAGUAGUGAUGAUGAUGAUGAUGAAGAAGAAGAAAUGGAAAGAAGAUUAGACAAGACGUCUACUAUUCAACCAUCUACAUUGAAAACUACUUUAGAAGGCAUGAUGAGUACAACUACCAUCAAAGAAGAUUCUGAAGUUGUGGUCAAUGUGACAGAUAAAGAAGUAUCAGCUGGUUCUGCAACUGUGAUCAUACGUGAUUUCGCUUAUCCUAAAGAUUCACCACUCCACUUUGGAAAUCCUUUGCCCAACAAUCAAUCGACGAUCUCAUUAUCUUCCCCAGAUUUUACAGGAAGAGAUGCUCGUGCCCUAUUUGACUUUAUACCAGAAACGGAAUACGAAAUAGAGCUAAAAGCAGGGCAAAUCAUUUGGGUCCAGUACCGCCAGUGCCCUGGUUGGUUAAUUGCAGAUGUACAUGAUCAAACUGGCCUAGUGCCUGAAUCAUAUGUGGAACUUAUUUAA